AUGGAUAAAAGUGAGAACAAAAUCGAAGAAGGUGUCUUGGAAAAUAAUUCAAAUUACUUAUGUGACAAAUGCGACAAGAUAUUCGUAAAGAAAUCGAAUUUGCUCAUUCACCAAAACUCCGUCCACGAAGGUCGGAGAGAUUAUGCAUGUAAAAAUUGUGAUAAGAAAUUUGGAGAUCCAAGCACUUUGAUCAGACACACAAAAACAAUCCAUGAAGGUCGCAAAGACUACGCAUGCGACAAGUGCGAGAAAAAAUUCGGACAAAAAUCAGAUUUGAUCAUCCACCAACAAACAGUCCAUGAGGGUCGCAAAGAUUUCUCAUGCGACAAGUGCGAGAAGAUAUUUGGGUUAAAAUGGACUUUGCAUUUGCAUCAAAGGUCAGUCCACGAACGUCGCAAAGAUUAUGGAUGCGACAAAUGCGAGAAGAAAUUCGGGAAUCGAAGCAAUUUAAAACAACAUCAAAAACUAGUCCACGACGGUCGUAAAGAUUUCGUUUGCGAUGAGUGCAAGAAGAUAUUUGGGUUGAAAUCGAGUUUGCUUGUGCAUCAAAGGACAAUCCACGAGGGUCACAAAGAUUACGCAUGCGACAAGUGCGAGAAAGAAUUUGCACAAAAAAUGCAAUUAAUCAGGCACCAAAAGACGGUCCACGAUGGACAGAGAGAUUACACUUGCGACAAGUGUGAAAAGAAAUUUGCAGAGCGAGGAAAUAUGAUCACUCACCAAAAAACAGUUCACGAAGGUCGUAAAGAUUAUGCAUGCGACAAAUGUGAGAAGAAAUUUACACAAAAAUCGAAUUUAAUCUACCACCAAGAGACAGUACACGAAAGUCGCAAGGAUAAUUCAUGCGGCGCUCGUGAAAAGAAAUUUGGUAAAAAAUUCAUUUGAUCAGUUACCAAAUGGCCAGUGCAUGUAAGAUCACUGU